AUGCAGAUAUGUACAUCUCUUUACCAUUUUAGUUGGUCCGUUGCCGCUUUCGUUUUUGCUUUAAUCCUUGCUUUUGUCGACUGGAUCGUUCUACAGUUUACUGUUACCAUAAGAAGAGUUCCUGGUUGCAGCUCAUUUGGAUGUUUUACCAAUGAGGUAAGUUCCACAACUUCUGAGUAUUCUGAAAAAAUUACUUUUUUCUACUUAUUUAAGCUAUUCCGUGCAUACUGGGGACUAUCGAAUAUGGCGAUGAAUUUACUAUCGUGCCUGUUGACAGUCUUAAUCUUAUUUCAUCUCUACAAACGAUCUGCUCUACUUUCAAAAGCUGCUGAAAUAGAAAAACGUAAUAAAAGCAAGAUAGAUAAAAGUGCUAAUCGAGUGGCGCUGUAUAUUUUGCUUGUAUCUGCUUUGAUUGGAGUAGUGCCGGGUUGUCUCAAUGGCCUCGGUACCAUAGUCAGUUUCAAAUUACUUGACGAAGUGUCCUUCUUUGUGGGUACCUGCGCUACGCUUUCUGGCCUCUCUCAUGCGUUCAUCUUCGGAAUGGCUCAUCGCGAGAUUAAAGCUGCUAUCCUCGGAAAAGUCUGCGGCAUGAAAAUGGCUCUUGAGAAAUCAAAGGCUCGCGUGGACCCAAGUACAGCGGUGAGCACCAAGAAUGCGGCGAAGAAGUAUGCUCCUAAAGACGACUCAAUCAUUGUAGAGAUGCAACCGAAUUAA